UUCCUAACCAAAUCUAAUGUCAUUCUAAACGAGACAUCAUCUCGGAAAACUGAGGCUGUUUGAAUUUAAUGCACAGUGGUUGCUUAUGCACUAAUUUAUAUUUAUUUUGGAAGAAAUUGCGAAUUCGAGGGGUGUAACAUAGCAAGGAUGAGUUAAAAGUGAAUAAAUGUGAUUUACACAUACUAAACUAAAAAUAAGUGUAAAAAUACAAGCAAAAAAAGAUUUAAAGGUGUUGGAUCUUAUGUGUUCACCCAGGAAGAGCCGGAGACUUGCAAUUAGGAACUGUGAACAUGAGAACACAAUUUUUAUGGACGAAAUUUUUGAUUAUAGUGUCCCCUCUGACCCGGAUAAUGAUACUAACUUUAUAUGUGAAUUAUUCCCUGAAUUGAAAGAUGUAAAUAGCAAAUCAUCAAAUGUCAAAUCUUAUUGCAACAAACGUAAAGUUCAUGGUACUUUUUUCAAUGAAACAUUUGGAUUGCCGGACACUCCUAUAUUUUCAAACAAACCAAUUAAAAGAGAAAUAAUUUCAGAAACUAGCCAGUUAGAUGCAUAUAUAACCAAUCCAAGUGAGCUGUCUGUUUUAGAUUUAACUUACAUUGAUCAGCCUUGGCUGGUAGCCAACCCAGAAGUAAUAACCCACCAUCCUAGCUUAGAUGUUUUGAUACCUUUUGAAGAAAUCAGAGUAAAGCAAUCUGCUAUAAUGCAUAAAUUUGGGAGAAAUCGUCGUCAUAGUGCAGAUUCUGUUGAUGCUAGAGAAGAACACAAUUGUGUUUUUACUUGCACUCCAUUUAAAUGCAGAACAAGUAACAUUUCAGUCAUUAGCACUAUCAGCUUAACAAAGAACGAGAACAAAACAGGUAUAUCUGCACUUACUAGUAGUUUGGAAAAAAUUCUCACAGACGCUAUUAAAUCAGAAAGCAACAUAGAUAAAAUUGAUAUGAAAAUUAAGGUCAUAACCUCUCCUAUACCUAAAACAGAGACAUUUUCAAAAUUAGAAGUGUUUGACGACAAUUACAUUGAAUUAUCUCCUACAUGUCAAGUGGAACCUCCUGACUACAAAAUGAAUGUUAAGCCCAAAACUAAACAAAAUUUCUCUAGAGCUACAAACACUUCCAGAAUCUUAAGAUCACACUCCCAAGAGAGCAAAAAAGGUUGUGCAGAAACUCAAACUAGUACUCGAAAAUAUCAAUCUAAAGCUCAACCUGCAAGUUUGAUGUCUGAACUGCUUCAGCCGAGCUCUUUCAUGCAAGGAAACAAAAACAUGUUGCAUUUGAGCAGGCAAAGUUCUUUAGCAGCCAGUGAAGGAAAAUUUAAACAAGAUUUGGGAAACCCUGGCCAUAGAUCUUCAGACAGGUCCUUCAAUACUCAGGAUACAAGCCAAUUGCUUAGUGUUUGGGAUAAUUCAGUGUCUGAGAAUAAAUUUCCUUCAAAAAGGACAAAAUCAAAAAAGGCACGUAGCUUGUUGGAUAUUGUUGAUAGAAAUGCAAAUUUUAGUAGAUCUCUUAGAUUAGCUGGUCAAUGUUCUACAUCAGCAUCAAUGGAUACUUAUCUCUUAAAAGAAAAUAGUUUCUCGCGCAGACCGUGCCAUAAUGUAGAGCUGCUUCAAAAAGACAUAAAGCCAAAAACAUCCACUCCAUUUUUGGAAACAUCUCUUUCCAGGGUAGAGGUAAUUUACAAUCAUACAAAGGAAGGUGCAAGUGAUGUUAGCAGCUUACCAGUAAAUCAGAUGGAAUAUGCAGACAAAAAUAGAGGAUUUCCGAAUAAAUUGGUUGCCAAUUCAUUUAUUUCAAUAGACCAGACUAGUACUUUGACUAAAAAAAGAGCAAAAAAUAUCGAGCCCUGCUCAAACCCCAAAUUUGUUAAUAGACAGGAAAGCACAACAAACAAUUUGGAUUCAUGUAACAUCAAAUUGCAAAAUACAGGGCCCUUGCGAAGAUCUUUUCGUUCUCCGAAGUAUCCUAAUAAGGAAAUUGAUUUUGUUAUGAGAUCUUCUAAUAAAACAACUUUCAAUAACUUGGAGGUACAGACUGAAAGUAACUCAAGUGAGACAAUGCAUGUUUCCGCAUAUUCAGUGGAAACUGAAAACCUAAAGUUGAAGCCAAUGGGGAAGCAUGUGUUGUCUGCCAGACAGCCUUUGCCUGCAAUGAAUUGUCGAUUUGAUGGGAAGGAGUAUUCCGAACUAAAGGCUACAUUAACUCAGAGACCUAAGAGAUUAAAAAGUCGCUCUAGGAGGAAGAACUGUCAACAUUCAGAAAUUGAGUUUGAAAAACACAUUGAGAACACUGCUGUGAUUAACAACGGUAAUGCGGAGUCAUCUGAUUAUGAAUUUGCAACACUGAUGGAAAAGAAAAAGCAUGUGAAAAAGAAUCAAAGGUUAAAUGAUUCUGUGCUUUCCCAUAGUUCUCCAACGGUAGUCUCCAAACAAACUGAUCCUGAUAUUAUUAGUAAUUCCAAGGACCUCAAUGUCCUUAGUAAUCAAACUCUGAAAAACAUCAAAGAUCAAAUUGUUUCAGCUAAGUUUACCACUGGUGGACCGGUCUUGAUUGCAAAAGCGAAUUUAAAAAAGGAAGAGACAAACCUUCGUGAAAACGGGAUUGUGAGUCAAAUUAAAAUAGUGAUAAGUCCUAUAGACAUGCAAGAUACUAACCGUAAAAGAUUAGCUACAAAGAGUUGUAUAAAGUUAAAGACUCAUAUUGCAGAGACUGUUGUUAAAGAAGAGGUAUCCACACCAAAAGAAGAUGUGAUAGUAUUACAUACAACUGGAACAGAUGGAUCAAGUGGAUCUUCAUCUAAUGAUUUGAGCAGUUUAUCUCUUAAAGGACAGACAAUAACUCAUAGGGGAACUUCAAUAAAACGCUGUUCAAGUCCAGACUUUGUGAAAGAUCACAAGUACAAGAAUGGAUCGCUUGUGUGGGCACAAUUGGGAAAGUAUCCGUAUUGGCCGGCAUUAAUUUGCAAAGAUCCUGUCAUGCGUGUAUACCAAAUGGGAGGGACUGAAAAUACACCGGGAAAGACACGCUACCAUAUAAGAUUCUUUAAUGAUAGCGGUAGACGUGCAUGGAUUCCGCAGUCGCACCUUCUGCCUUAUAGAAACAGCAAUGACUUGGAUUCACUUGUUCAUGGAGCAAAGCGGGCUGAAAGCAUUAAGUUCCGCAUAAGACCUAACCACCUGCACAAGUGGAAAAUCGCAAUCGACCAAAUUGAAUUCUACAAAAACAAAACUUUUCGACAAGUGCAUUCCUUUCUGGUAAACUCCUCAGCCAAAAAAAAACAAAUGAAACAAUUGUUAGAAAAAGGAACCGACACGAAAGUUGACUUUCCGCAAACUCCAGAUAAGCAUUUAGACAUCAAAUUUAAGAUAGACGAAAGAUCGGCUACGGAAGAACCUGUUGAAAACCGGGACGUACGUGUUUCUGUGAGUACCGAUCGCAGUGUUGGCAACGUACAAGAUCUUUCAGCGCAGCACGCCGAUGCAGGCGAGGCGGAAAUGCCGCCAGGAAAGUUCAUCGAAGAAGCGCCAAUUAAGAAUGAAGGAAGGAAGAGUGUUUUGAUCAAUGUAAAAUCUGAAAACUCCGAUUUAGGUCUUAAAAACAGAGCCGUAAGGUCCGAAGAUCCCAACAAGUACUCGUUUGAGUACCAGACAGAUCUUCACAGGAAGAAUAAUUUAUUUAAUGGUCUAACAAAAGUCAAGGUAUGCAAUUAUUGUUUAAAAGAGGGGGCGAUUUACAAAUGCAAAGGCCAGUGUCGGGAAUAUUUCCACAACGCGUGCGCUGCCAAGGUGACGGAACCCCGGCCUCAGAGGGGAAGGAAACGGAAGAUUUAUGAUGAAUCUCAGGGCAACAUUAAACCAUCUCGGGUGAUAAACACGAUGCCUCAUAAAAGAAUUACUCGUGAUCAAGUCGAAAUAGUCACUGUAAAAUCCAGAGUGCGUAUAGCUUCGCCGAAGAAGACCGUGCCGUCGAAUUUCGACGAAAUGAGCUUAGGUGACCGAAUUGAUUACCAGAUGAAGGCAAUGAUGAGCCCUUUUGAAAACCAAGUAAUGUAUAUGGAUUCUUCAACUGAUUCUAGCUCGGAGGAGGGUUCAGUACAAGUGCCAUUGAAUAUAAACUUUCAAACUAGGACUCCUCGAAAGACAAAUGAACUGCCUAAUAUGUUUGAUCAUGACAGAGACGAUAGUAAUGUGGCUGAUCCAAGUAUCCUUUCGGAAGAAAUUGACCCGAAGACUAAACGAAUUAAGCAUGUAACUGCCGAUUCGGUUAUUGAAGAUGUCGAUGCAUCCAUGUUCAAAUGUGGAUUUUGCAAAGCAAACCGAGAUCCGCCGUGUUUUAUCUGCGGACUGGAGACCUCAAAACGGGGAAUCACUCGCCGUCAGAAGUGCACACUCCAUCGAUGUGGAAAGUAUUACCACACCCGCUGCUUAAAAAUGUGGCCGCAGACGCAAUGGUCGUUUAGCAAGUGGUCUCGCGACCAGAAGAACGAAGAUUCAUUCACAUGUCCCGCCCACAUUUGCCACACUUGCUUCUCUGAAGAGCUAGGUGGUGGUUGCUCGUCCCGCUUUCCCGUCGAUAAGUUAGCGCGCUGCCUGAGAUGUCCGGCAGCGUUUCACACGAGCAGUUUCUGCAUUCCGGCCGGUACGGAGAUUGUGGGCGGCAACCAGAUUGUAUGUCCAAGACACAGAAACGGGUGUCAGCCUCUCAAUACAACAUGGUGCUUUAUAUGCUCUGAAGGCGGAAACUUAGUGUGUUGUGACAUGUGUCCUACCAGCGUUCAUCCAGAAUGUCAACCGAUCCACUUUACGGACGACGAUAAAUACAUCUGCGAAGAUUGCGAAUCCGGCAGAUUUCCCCUCUACGACGAAAUUAUGUGGGUAAAACUGGGUUCUUACCCAUGGUGGCCUGCUCUCAUACUUUUUCCGAAUGAGGUUCCCGAAAACGUGCGAAUCCUCAAGCAUCAACGGGGAGACUUUGUCGUCCGCUUUUUUGGCACCUACGACCACUAUUGGGUCAGCAAAGCGCGUUCGUUCCUGUUCCAGGAAGGUGACCAGGGCGCAAGCCCAGGACAGGUUAUAAGAUCCAGGAAGCCGGCAUAUGAAACGUUCGAGAAAGCAAUACAAGACGCCGCCAUUGUUUACAAACUAAAAAAAGAGUUCAAACUGCGCAGAGAAGCGGAGGGUAUUGGUAGUUUGAAACCGCCUCCAUACAUAAAGAUCAGCAAGAACAAGCCUGUGGGUAACGUCCGUGUAUCGGACAUGGAUUUGAGCAACACCACCGCCUGCGAGUGUGAUCCGAAUUCGAUAUAUCCUUGUGGCCCGGACAGCUAUUGUAUUAACAGGUUGUUAAUGACUGAGUGUGAUCCUGACAUAUGUCCAGCCGCUAGCAGGUGCAUGAAUCAGUCGUUUGAAAAGCGCGAAUAUACUCCGCUAGUACCGUAUAAAACGCAGGGCAGAGGCUGGGGUCUGAAGUGCUUGAAAGCUAUUAAAAAAGGUCAGUUCAUCAUCGAAUAUGUGGGCGAGCUGAUCGACGGCGAGGAAUACCAGAGGAGGAUAAAGAAGAUGCAUGAACAAAAGGAGGAGAACUACUAUUUCAUGACCAUCGAUAAUGACAGGAUAAUCGACGCGGGACCAAAAGGGAACUUGUCCAGGUUUAUGAACCAUUCAUGCAAUCCUAACUGCGAGACGCAGAAGUGGACGGUGAAGGGUGAUACACGGGUGGGGCUGUUCGCGAUCCAGGACGUAGAUAUUGGUUCAGAACUGACCUUCAAUUACAACCUGGAGUGCGUGGGCCAAGAGAGAAAACUAUGCCAGUGCGGUGCAUUGAAUUGUAGCGGAUUUAUUGGGAUCAAGGCCAAGCCCGAUCCCGUAGCGACCGAAAAUAACAUUCGGAAGUCUAAUAGAAAGAAAACAGAGUCACCAAUUCCCGUCUUGCCUGCAUGUUUCAUUUGCGGCAAGGACAAGUCGGAUCUGGCAUGUCGGCACAAGAGUUGUGACAAGGCAUACCAUCUAGAUUGUUUGGAUUUGACAAAUAGGACCGAAGGCAGCCGAUUCAUUUGCCCGAGACACAACUGCAACAUGUGCGCAAAGCGGACCAUGAGGUUCUGCGUAAAAUGCAUAAAUUCUUAUUGCCCCUCUCACUCGGACGGUAACGUACGAUACGACAAGUUACUGGGUUUCAUCUGCAAAUUUCAUGAUCCGAAAAAGGUAAUAUCAGAAGCAGCAACAACCAAGAAGACCCCAAAGUUGCCCAGGACAAAACGCUUCAAAAAUUCUCCAAAUGAUCCUGAAGCACAAGCAAGGCGGGCAGUUUCAAAACUCCCAGAAAAAAAUCGGAGAGGAGUGGCCUCAUAGUCAAUCAAGAUAACCGAAAAACUACCAGUGCUAGUAACGCUCAGCAGUUGAAGGGGACUUUUAGUAAAUAGCAUUUUUAAAUUUAAAGAUUAUAUUUUUUUCUUUUUUUUGAUAUUAUAUUGUUUGAAUUUUUUUUUUACGAAUCAAGCCUUUGCUUUGGAAAGGAAAUAAAAACCGUUCAGUA